AUGGAAGACGACUGUGAGGACAGCGGCUCGAACGUGUGGAUUCCGGGCGCUCGGUACCGCCCCGAGCCGCCCGAAGCUCUCGCGAGGGCUUCCCACUUCACACAGCAUGAGAUCAAGUUGAUGUACCGCGGCUUCAAACAGGAGUGUCCGACAGGAGUGGUGGAUGAAGAGGCCUUCAAGAACAUCUUCUCGCAGUUUUUCCCUCUUGGCGACGCCACUCAGUACGCGCACUUCGUGUUCAACACAAUCAAACACAAGCAACGUGGGAAACUAAAUUUUGAGGAGUUUUUGGACACCCUGUCUCGAGUGGCGAGAGGAUCUCGUCAAGAGAAACUGUCGUGGGUGUUUGAUUUGUAUGAUGUGGAUGGCGAUGGGCGGAUUUCUCGUGGAGAGAUGCUGGCAGUAGUGAGGGCGGUCUACGAGCUGCUAGGGCGGGCGGCCGCGCCUCCGUUGCAUAAAGCAGCCGCUGAAGACCAUGUGGACCGAAUUUUUCAUCUGAUGGACACGAACGCCGACGGCGUGGUGACCCCCGACGAGUUGGCGCGGUGGUGCGCGCGCGAUCCCGCGCUGCUGCGCUCGCUCGACACCCUCGACACGGUCUUG